UGUCGGGGGGGGGCUUCUGCUUCCCGGAGCCCCCUUUCCCUAGCCCCGUCGAGAUACCCCCACCGGAGGGAGAGGGGGGACUUGCCUCCAGGAGCACCGGCCCGCGGGCGCCUGUGGUCGUGCUGGGCCAGUGAGCCCUCGCCUGUGGCCACCAGAUCCCAUGGCGGCUUCGGUUGGUCUCUGGCAGGAGGAUGAUGCGAAGCCCCUGCCCGGUGUGCCGGCCCAUGCCCACAGGCUGGGCAGCAGGCUGGCAUGGUGGCCAGGCCAGGGUUGGAUGGAGGAUGGCUGGUAGCCGCAGCGUGCUUAGACUGAAGUUCAUAGCAAUAUGUGUGGCAGGCGUACUCUCGUGAUUUCCCCCUGUAUAUAUCCAUUGGGCUUUCAGUGUGGAUCAUAAGACCCAAAUGUAUGUGUGCAAUGCCCUAUCAGCUCACCAAAACUUAAGAAUUUGUAUUGCAUGCAACUCAGGAGGUUGUGAUUUUCUACUAAGGCUGCUUUGGCAACUGACUUUAAUUUUUGUGAAAUGUGACGUAGCUGUUGUAAGGCAACUGCAUCAUGAGCUGGACGAGCUGUGGGAGGAUGCUCUUCUCUGCCCUGCUUUUCUGUGUUUACAGAAACUUCACUGCUGCUGUGCGGUGGUGGCAGUUACGCUGCCCAAACCCCAGAGAUACUACAGAAUUCAAGAGGGGAGAACACCUACAGGUUAUUUCUUUUUUUUUUACGAAGUGAAGAAAAUCAUUGUUGUAAAAUAGCCUUUCAAAUACAGCACUCAUUUACUUGCUGUGUCAGCAAUAUGUCUGAAAGAAGAGGCAUGCUCCGUAACCUACAUUUCAAAGGUCACAGUGCUACUGCUCCAGGCUUCUGAAAAUCAGAGUUCCAGCAAGCAUCAUGGCUGGGUUGAAGAUUUGGUCUAUUUUGCUGGUUAUACUGUACCAUUUCUGUCAAAGAUGUAUCCCAUGUGGAAUUUCAACGCAUGUUGAAAUAGCACAUAGAGCUCUGGAAUUUUUCAUUAAGCGUGAAGGGAAUGUUAAUUAUAGACAGUUAUUACUAAACCACCAAGAUGCAUUUCAGGCUGGGAGUGUUUAUCCUGAUGCCUUUUAUCCUUCAAUCUGUAAAAGUGGAAAAUUCCAUGAUGUGUCUGAGGACACUCACUGGUCACCGUUUCUCAGUGCAAGUAUUCAGUACAUCGCAAGGAAUUAUCCUCAGCCUUGGGAAGAGGCUACAGAGAAGCUGGUGGCUUUCCUGUUUGGAAUUGCUUCACAUAUGGUGGCAGAUGUUAGCUGGCAUAGCCUGGGCAUCGACCAAGGAUUUCUAAAGGCCAUGGGAGAAAUUGAUUUUCACGGUUCAUACUCAGAAGCUCACAAUGUUGGCGAUUUUGGAGGAGAUGUACUGAGUCAGUUUGAGCUGGACUUCAGUUAUCUGGCAUCGAAUUGGUAUGUGCCUGUCAAAGACCUAGCAGCUAUCUAUAAGGAAUUUUAUGGAAGAGAGAUCAUAACUGAAAGCACAAUUACUGACUGUACUUACCUGCUGUUUCUUGAACUGCAUGGAGAAAGGCUUGCUGUUGCCAAGCUUUUUCCAGCAUAUGCUAGUAAAUCUCCAUUUCUGGUGGAGAAGUUCCAUGAGUAUUUCCUUGGAGGAGUGGAUGACAUGGCGUUCUGGACAAACAAUAUUUUUGAGCUGACGAGCCAUAUGCUAGAGAAUGGAACCAGUGGCUGCUUCCUGCCUGAGAACCCUCUGUUUAUAAAUUGCACAAGGGAGCACAAGGACAACUAUGUCAGAAACAAACAAUCGAAACAUGAACGUCACAAGAAUACAACUUCUUUGCUUACAAAAACGCUUGAAAAGAAUAUAAAUUAUACAGAGAGAGGAGUUAACUUCAACAUAGAAUCUUGGGCAACAAAUUCCCUCCGCUUAAUAAACCGUGCUUUUGCAACCAAAGUCUGGAGAGUGUUAGCAGCUGCAGAUCAGAAGUCUUCUAAGCACAUCUCUAAGCCAGCAGCUUCGUAUUUUCUGACUUCACCCUAUGCUAGACUUGGAUGGGCGAUGAUUCCAGCUGACUUAAACCAGGAUGGAUAUGAAGAUCUGGUGGUUGGAGCACCAGGGUACAGCACACUGGGCCGUGUUCAGAUAGGACGGGUCUAUGUGAUCUAUGGCAACCAGUCAGGUUUGCCACCAGAGGACAUGGAUCUGGAUGGGAAAGCUGACCAAGUACUGCAGGGUCAUCAGCCUUCAGGAAGAUUUGGUUCUGCCUUGGCAGUCCUGGACUUCAAUGAGGAUGGAGUGCCAGAUCUGGCAAUUGGAGCGCCUUCUGUGGGAUCUCAGUUUCUUACUUACAAAGGUGCCGUGUACGUCUAUUUUGGCACUGAGGGAAGAGGCUUGGCAUCUCAACCAAACGUUACCAUAACUUGUCAGUAUUCCUACUGUAAUCUUGGUUGGUCCCUCCUGGCAGCUGAUGUUGACGGGGAUGGAAAUGCUGAUCUGGUUGUGGGGUCUCCAUAUGCACCUGGUGGUGGGCAGCAGCGAGGAUUUGUGGUUGCAUUUUACUCUUAUUUCAACAGGAGUGACCAAGGACUUCUGUCAGUACAGGAUGCCAACUGGAUGGUGAAGGGGGAAGAAGACUACGCUUGGUUUGGAUUUUCACUUGACAGCUGCCAGCUGGAGAACAUAACAUUACUGCUGAUUGGCAGCCCGACGUGGAAGAGUUGUGCUGGCUGCGAUCCCUUCUCAUCGGAUGUCAGACAGAGUGUUGGGAAGGUGUAUGGGUAUAAUCCACCAAGCACAAAGCAGUGGUUUGCAGUAACUGGAGACAAGGCGAUGGGCAGAAUGGGUUUGUCUGUGGCCAGUGGUGUGAUGUCUGUGGCUGGGAUCACAAGGACAGUUCUGGUGGUGGGUGCGCCUACUACAGAUAGCCUGUCUAGGAUUUCAUUUAUAUCCUCAGUGCUGCACCAGGCAGGACACGCUCUGCUAUAUGAUCUGACAGACAGCACCAGGCCCUCUUUGCUCAGCACAUUCAGCGGGGACAGGAGGUUUUCUCGCUUUGGAGGAGAUAUAUACUUAAGUGACCUGGAUAAUGAUGGACUAGAUGAAAUGAUUGUGACAUCCCCACUGCGAACUAACGAUAUGACCACAAUACUGUUUGGGGGGGCAGCUGGCCGCGUUUACAUUUACAACGGAAAGCAGGCAUCCUCAGGGAAUGUGACAGGCCACUGCAAAUCAUGGAUAUCUCCCUGUCCCGAGGACUGGGCACAGUAUGUACUGAUUUCUCCUGAGGAACUAUCAAGAUUUGGGAGUUCUAUAAUCACUGUGAAAUCUGAAAGAAAGGUGGAUGAACUAUGACCUUGCCAAAAUUUUGGCACCUGACACCUGAAUUGAAAGAGAUCACUUUAAAAUGGCCUGAAAGCUAAACUAUGUAGGAAUCUGCUGAAAGGUUGCAUGGUAAAUCAAGCGUGGGUGCCAGCUGGCUUUACUGUUCAUGCCAACCUGUAUGCAAAGUGGAUGCUCAGCUAUGGAGUAAACCAGGCACCGAACCAACCCUCUCAUGUAAUGGUUACGGGCUUGCUGUCCUAGCUGUCGCUUGCAGUUCGUAUCAAGAAUUCCCAACCAUAGAGAGGCCCAGUUCUUACCUGGAUGAUUUUGGAUGCGUUUGUGUACUUGUUUUUCUUUGUUUCCCUCAGAUGCCUAUUAUUUUUACCAGAAGUCAAUCCCUAUGUUUGUAUCAUGUGCUGAGGAACCCUUUUUUUGGCUUGAAGGUUCCUUAGUGCUUUUUCAGCUGAGGGGAGUCCAGUGUUCUGCUUGCUCAGAUAUAACCUGUGUGAGAGCUGAGGCUCUCUUGUGCGAGUACAGAGAACGCCUCAGUACUAGGCUGAGGAGGUGUGCGACUGGUCUUCAACAAAUGGUGUUUGACUUCUUACUGCUAAAACAUGCAUGGAGAAACACCUGGAAACGUAAAUGCUUAUGAAGUAGGUCAGGGUGCAUAAUCCAGCACUUGAAACAUGGGCAUCGCUGAUGGUUUCUGCAUGAGGGCAAGUGAGGCCGUUCUCCAGGCUGUUGUGUUCCUGUGCUAUGGCACCAAUCCAGCCCAGGCUCCAGCUUCAGCCGUAUUGAUCUUACAGUUUAUAUUGGAAAGAGAUUCAUUUGACUGGUUCCAGCUUCUUCCAGUUCUCCAAAUAAAAUAAAAGUCUGUUUGCCAAAUCAUUUUGUUAACCGCUACUCUGAUGAGGAGAAAUGAGAGCAACCCACCUCAUCACAUUUCUUUAUCACACUAACGAUAUGGACAAAAUCUGGUUUCCCUUAGGGAAACUUAAGGCAACAAUGCACCUGCAGUUGCAGUUUUCUAACCCUUGUUCUGUA